GUGACAUCACCUUCUCGAUGAUCUCCCUCCGAGUCCUCCAUCGUAGAUAUGACGUUUUUUAUUCGAAUAGCGCGUCAUUGUAAUUGGAAACAUAUAUAAACGCUCAUCGAUUUUUCGAAAUAAUAAUUUCCUCAAUAACUCUAAACUCAUUACCAAUCAUGUCUUCUUCCAAUGGACCCGACAAAAGCACUGGCCAGUAUCACUCAAUGAAAGGCAAUGUCGUUGAAGCUGUCGGCAAUCUCACUGGCGCUGAAUCCUGGCAAACAUCAGGCAAACAAGAACACGCCGAGGGCGAGACAGAAUACAAGGCUGCCCAGGCAGAAGGAAUUGCAGAGGGCGCGAAGGACGAGGUCUCCGGCUAUGUAUCUAGUGUUACGGGUGCGAUAACAGGUGACAAGAGCAAACAGACUAGUGGAAAUAUCCAGAAAGAGACUGGCAAAGCCCAGAAGGAAGCGAACAAACAAGCAUAACUUGAAGCGAUUUCAAGGCAAAUGUAAAUGUUGUACAUACUGUAUGACACUUAGGGGUACAAACUAUCUGGUGUAUAUGACAUGUAAAUUAUACGUUAAACUUUUCGGCCAACGACAAUUUUUUAAAACAAUAAAUGUAUCGCAUCCUUUUGAAGCAAUGAUUUAUUCCCUAUUGCAAACUUAACCCAGAGAAUACAAUAAUUUGACAUACAUUUUUCCUCUGUUCCUGU